AUGGAAAACAAUUUAGCCAACCGUAUCGCUAAUGAAUGUUUGGCAAAGUUUGAAAGCCUUCCGAAAACUGGCAAACCCAACGAAACGUUCGAAUGGACUAUUCUUUCGGCGAUUGUGCUGGUACGCUCAAAAGCGUCAACAGAUACGGACGAAAUUCGUGUGGUCGCGUUAGGUACCGGUACGAAAUGUUUGGCAGGUGAUGAGCUGAGCUCGCGGGGUGAUCGGGUGAACGACAGCCAUGCGGAAGUGUUAGCACGGCGCGCAUUUUUGCGUUACUUGUACGAACAAAUAGAAAAUUCCCUGGAAGACGAAACAAAAAGCAUAUUCGAGCGGAAAAGUCCGGAAAGCGGGAAGUUUACCUUGAAGAAUGGUUAUUCGUUUCAUUUCUUUACCACCCACAGUCCGUGCGGUGAUGCGAGUAUCUUCGUCGACGAACAUGAAGAAAUGUCGCCAGAACCGAAAAGGGCACGGAUGGAACGAACGGAACCGGAUGGAACGAUUGAAUGUUGCACAUCUUCUCAGGUUGCAAAAGACAACCGUCCGGUGGGGAUGACGGGCGGUAAGCUCCUGCAGGUGGGAGAACACGGUGACCUAAUGGCGCAAACGAUCGGACCGGUACGUACGAAACCGGGCCGGGGUGCGCGUACGCUUUCUGUUUCCUGUAGCGAUAAGUUGGCCCGUUGGAACGUGCUCGGUGUGCAGGGCAGCUUGUUAAUGUUGCUGCUGGAACAGCCAAUUUAUCUGGGCAGUGUGGUGUUAUGCGACGGAACGCAUCACUCGGUAGCGGCAAUGGAACGUGCAAUUUGGGGCCGUUUCGAUCGAUGGGCUGAGAAAACGGAAAGUUUGCUGAAGCCACCGUUUUGUCUGCACAGACCGUUGAUUACUGUGGCAAACAAUGGACGGAUGUUUCGGUUUCGGAAAAACCGACAGCUUUCCACGGAUGGUGGAAAAUACCAACCGUCACCGUGUGGAAUCGUAUGGUGCGAUGUCGCCAAUAGAUUUCUCGAGGUGGAAGUGGCAGGCCGUCGGCAUGGCGUGACGAAGCGCAAACUUGCCACACCGGCAGCUCGUUUGCAGAUUUCUAAAAUCGAAUUAUUUAACCGUUUCGCACGGACGUACUGCCGUACCGUUGCUGCCAGCAAUGGUCGCGACGCUUUGCAUAAUUUAGUUCCCGCUAGCAGAGCCGAACGGAACGAGCAGCCCAGCGUAACGCAUCCCGGUGCAAUCGUUCAACGGAAAGGUAGUGGCUGGCCGGCUUUUGAAGGGAUGCCGAAUAUUGCUAAACUUUCUUACAGGGACGCGAAAGCAGCAUCGGUGGAAUAUGCGACACAUUGGGACUGUGUUCGGGACAGUAUGUUUGGGCAGUGGACGGUAAAACCAGACAGUUUUGGGCAGUUUUUCAUCGAUGCUGACGUAAGGGUGUAG